AUGGACUUUUUUAGUAGAAGUUAUAAAGGGUUACUGGGAGAAAAAGGUCAACCUCAGUCAGUCGAAGACACUGUUGCAAAACUAGUGGAUCGCGCUUCUAGUUCUACAUUGUUGGAGGACAGACGAGCUGCUAUUUUAGGUUUAAAAGGCCUUUCAAGAGAAUAUCGGCAGGAAGUUGGAGAAAAAGGAAUUGGUGCCCUUUUACAUAUUUUAAAUGAGGAUAGGGCAGAUAUCGAUACGGCAAAAGCUGUUUUAGAAAUAUUAAAUAUUUUAUGUACACCUGAUAGACAGGAUUCUGCAACCGAUGUGGCCAUAAAAUUCACAGAUGAAAUUGUUCAGAAUUCUGCAAAUAUAAAUUUAUUCUUGGAUAUUUUACAAGAGUAUGAUUUUUAUGUUCGUUUUCAUGAUAUACAAUUGUUGGGUACAUUGUUAGCUAUAAGACCAGAUCAUGUACAGGAUUGUGUAUUAACUGCUCCUAUGGGAAUUUCACGUUUGAUGGAUUUAUUAGGUGACCGAAGAGAAAUUAUAAGAAAUGGCAAGUUAAAUAUUUUGUGGAGCAAAGGGCUAUUAUUAUUAAUAUCACUUACUGAAAAUAAUGCUGAUAUUCAAAAAAUUGUUGCAUUUGAGAAUGCAUUUGAAAAACUUUUGGAAAUAAUUACAGAGGAGGAUGGAUUAAAUGGUGGAAUUAUUGUUCAGGAUUGUUUGCAUUUAAUUCUCAAUUUAUUACGGUAUAAUGUUUCAAAUCAGAAUUUUUUCCGGGAAACAAGCUGUAUACAAAAAAUUCCUCCAUUGUUGAAUUUUUCAGCAGAAUAUCAACAUCAAGGAUUUGAUCUUGAAUUUUUGACUCAAGAUUGGCAUGAACAGAAAAUUGCCAAUACUAUUGUAUUAUUAGAAUUAAUUAAGAUAUUGGUUGUUCCGAAUAAUAUGAAUACGGUGACCAACCAGAAUGUGAUGAUUCAGUGUGGAGUAUUAAAAACAGUUAUUGAACUAUCUUUGUCUUCAAAUGCCCCUUCAAUAGUGAAAUCCCAUUCACUUUAUGCUUUGGCAGACCUCAUAAGAGGGAAUCAAAAUGGUCAAGAAUAUUUAGCAAAAACAGUUGUUCCUGUUCCACAUCCAUCUCAAUCUAGUGAAAAUGAUGCAAAGUCGUCUUCCUAUGAUCAAAUUCUUAUACCACCACGUCCUGCUGUAAUGUCACUUAUUGUUGUUGCGGUCGGAGCAGAGUAUCUAGAAAGUUAUUCAACUAGGGCAGCUGCCACUUAUGCGUUUGAGUCUUACACAUUUAAUAAUAUUAAUGCACAACUUGUAUUAGCAUCAACACUGACACCACCACCCGAUGAUAAUCCUAAUUCAGAAAUAAUUAUAGCUAAACCUCAAUCAGCUGGUUCUUUGUUGCUUUCAGCAUUAUUAGAAUGGGAAGAUUCGGAGGCAGACCCAUAUGUUGUUUGGUUUGCUUCGGUAAUUUUCUCUCACAUUCUUAUGAAUAAUGAAAGAUCAAAAGAGUAUGCACGAGGAAUAUUUUUUGGUGAUGGUGAUGAUAACGGAGAAGAAAAUAUCACUUUAUUGCACACAAUUGCUGGAAACUUAAUGAUAGCAACAAGACAAAAUGCAGAAAGACAAAAUGCAGAUGUGAGGGUGUUGAUAGGAUAUCUUUGUACUCUUUGCAUUUGGUUAUGGGACAGUCCAAUAAGUGUUAGAGAAUUUUUGUCAGAAAGCGGUCAUUUACAAAUGCUAAUUACAUCAAUAACUCAAUCUUCUGGAGUAGAUGCAAGAGUUCAAGGUUUAUGUGCAUUUUUAUUGGGAAUAUGUUAUGAAUUUAAUCAUAAUUUAGAUCCACAAAUUACAAAGUCAACACUUCAACAAAUUUUACUUAAUAGAAUUGGAUAUGACCAAUUUGUUAAUCGUAUUACAAGAUUAAGAGAAUCUCCGCAUUUUAAACAUGCUUCACAAUACUUACAGGUAAAUAACAGUAUUAUAAAUUAUUUUAAUGAAGCAGCAAGAGGCUUACCAGAAUUAUACUUUGAUUAUGCCUUUGUAGAAUUUUUUAAAAAUAAUUAUGGUAAGAUUAUUAAAUGUUGGAUUUCUCAAAAUUCUUAA